AUGGACAUGGUGGAGACCCAAAUGCAGGACCAAGAAGAUUCCCAGGCUGCCUUUUCAGCACUAUCACCGAUCCGGCCAAUUCAGAGCUUGGACGAACUUCAGGCCCUUGCUGGCGAAGAGCCGGCCCAGGAUGAAGGGGAAGAGGAAGGGGAGGAGGAAGAAACAAGCGAUGAUGAAGAAGUACCAGACAGUGAUGUUGUUACAAUCCAUGACAACAUUUGUAUCGAGAUACCGGAUGAACCCAAGGUGGAAGAGGAAUCAGUCCCGCCUGCUCCAAUGAAGCCCGCCGAGGAAGCUAUGGAACCAGCCGAUCCCCACCCCACUGACCGGAAGGCGCUAAAGGAAGAAGUGAAAAUUCCACAGAGCCUCCAAGAACAGGCCGAAGAGCAGCUGAGACUUAUCGAGCCUGUUGAGGCAGCAACAGAGGAAUGCAAAGCUGAGAUUGCCAAGGCACAGGCAGCUCUUCGAAAAAUGCAAAGGGAAGCUGAAGAUCCUGACGAGAUGCGGGAAGAGUUGCAGGAGGAAGAGCAUACAAAGAAGACCAAGAAAGACAAAACCAAGGAGAAGAAGGCAUGUCGAAAGGGUGGAAAGGGCAAAGGCCGAGGACGUGGAAGGGGAAAGGGAGCAAAGACUGAAAAGAAAAAGGAUCCGGAUAUGCCUGAGAGUGGGAGGGAGAAACCGGAUGAUGAGAACCUUCCCGAUCCGCAAAUGCUGGGAACAACUGAAGUGGCAGAACCUUCCUCGUCAACAAAGAAGAGAAGGACACUUGGGAGGAAGAACUCAAAAUUGAAAAGACUGCGAGUUCUAUCUCCAUCGAGCUCGGCCAAGAAGAAGCGCAAGACAGAUCGUGAUCCUGAAGCGCCGGCAAAACCACAUGAGCAUGAUGUUGUGGAGGUGAUUGACGACGAUGAAGAACCAGCCCGUGUUAGUGAUGAGAGGUCAGGGCCUACUGAUGGUGAUCAGAUUCCCAACUCUAAGAAGACAGAAGAAAAGAAGAAGAAGAAGCGUCGUAAGAAUGGAAAGAAGGGAAAGAAGAAGGCUUUGAAGAAGAAAACGCCCAAAGAGAGGAAAGCAGCCGAUCCAAAGAAAGAAGUGAAAGAAGGUGAGGUGAAAGAAGGUGAGGACAAUAGCAAAACAAAGAGGAAUACCAAGAAAACCAGUAAGGAGACUGAGGAGGAAAAGAAACAACGGGAACUUGAAGACAAGGACAUCAAUACUGCCUUGGAUCCCAUGUAUGAUGCCCUCAUGCAUGCAUAA